AUGGGAAGCAUGGGAGAAGCGCGAGCAAUGAUGGUGCAGGAGCUCGCCAACGUCCUCGGCAAGCCCGAGGUGCCAGCCCAGUACGUGGUGCGCGGGCACCACAGCCAGCAGCUCGCCACAGCCAUCGCAGCACCUAUCCCUGUCAUCGACCUCCGCAGCCUUUUCACGGAAGAUGGUGCAGCCACUAAUGAGGCAUCGAAGCUUCGAGCAGCGCUCGAGUCAUGGGGCCUCUUCCUGCUCAGUAACCAUGGUGUAGAAACCACCAUGAUGGAUGGCAUGAUGAUUGCUUCGAGGGAGUUUUUCAAGCGGCCACUCGAAGACAAGAAGAGGUACACCAACCUAAUUGGCGGUGAGCAAUUCCAGUUUGAGGGGUACGGGAACGACCAGGUGAGGUCGCCGGACCAGAUCCUAGACUGGUCUGACCGCCUCUACCUCAAGGUGGAGCCCGAGGACGAGCGACGCAUUGCCCUCUGGCCAACACAUCCUGAAAACUUCAGGAAUAUUCUGCACAACUUCACGACAAAAUGUGGGGGAGUGAAGGACGAUCUCCUCCGGGCAAUGGCGAAGCUACUGAAGCUUGACGAUGACAACUACUUUGUGGACCAGCUCGGGGAGAAGGCUGAAACUAACGUGAGAUGCAGCUACUACCCAGAGUGUCCAAGGCCAGAGCUUGUAUUUGGUCUCAAGCCUCACAGCGAUGGAACCGUUCUUACACUUCUCAUGGUCGAUGACAGCGUCGGUGGCUUGCAAGUUCUAAGAGAUGGGGUGUGGUGGGAUGUACCGAUCGUACCUCACACACUGCUGGUCAUUAUAGGAGAUCAGACUGAGAUAAUGAGCAACGGGUUCUUCAAGAGCCCUGUGCAUAGGGUUCUGACAAAUGCAAAGAAAGAGAGGCUAUCAGUGGCUGUAGACUAUUCUGUUGACCAUGAGAGAGAAAUCGAGCCAUCGGCUCAGCUGAUCGAUGAGAAGAGACCAGCACUGUACAUGAAAGUGAAGGUUAAGGACUACAUUGCCGGGCUGUAUGAACAUUUCUCUCAGGGAACGAUGGUUAUUGAUACACUGCAGAUAUAACUAUGUGGUAUCCAUCAUGGAAAAAAUGUGAUCAAAUUAUGACCAAUGUUUGUAUUGUGUAUUUCUAAAUGUCACUUGUAUUAAGUACUCCCUUUGUUC